CGAGGUAAAGACGGACAUGCGGGAAUACCACGAGGUCGAGUACAAGGACGAACCCAAGCGGUGGCGUUGCGACUUCAAGAGCAAAGUGAAAAACGUUGAAUUAAUCCAGUGGAUGAAGAAGCAUUACCCUUACGUGAACCCCGAGUUCUGGCUGCCGGUUUCCGUCACUGAAGCUAAAUGGAGUUUGAAAGACGAGGACACAUUUCAGUCGGGCUCAUCUGGCUGUAACGAGCUUUUGAGGGAGCUCGAGGAAUUUCACCCCGUUGAUCGACUGUAUACCUUUGUUUGGGCCAACGAUGUGUACAACUAUGGGAUUUUGGACAUUUUUGGAUUCGUGACAGUCUGCGACGGCAAGAUCACUCCAGAAAGCUACGCGGCGUACAAGAAGCAUGUUUCCAGUACGAGAGACUGGUUGAAGACCUCCUUCCCCGAGGAAUCGUAUGCGCUGGUGCCAGGUACUCUGGAGGAACUGCAAGCACAAUAUGAUACGCGCAAGGAACAAUAUGAAAGGAAAACCGGCACAAUGCUCACUCGAAGGAACUCCAAGUUUCUGGUCGGGGUUUACUACGUAAAACCCGAUAUGAGGAAGAAACUGGUUACUGGCAAUCUCGCAACAGACCUUGAGGACGCUUACAACUUCAUUCAGGGCUUCAUGAGGAUACACGUCGGCAAUGAAUUCCUUGCGUGGACGCCGGAAAUGGUUGAAGACAUAUACCAGCAAAGACUCAUAGAAAUCCGUAAAGAGCAGCGGAACGUCUUCAAGGCGAGAGUCUUUGAGCGGAACCUGGUGCUGUACGAAUCUGAGCUGAAGGCAACAAAAGGGGAACUGUGCAGCAUCAAGGAGUCGGAAGACAAGUAUGUCAUCCGUCUCAAACUACCGAGAUUUGCAGGGAGAAUCGACAUUGUAUCUGGCCCUGUGAAAGGUGACCUGCAAAAGACGUGUUUGGACAUGGUGAAGAUUUACAGCAACGAGGAGCCUGUGGAGGACGAGUGCUGCCUCAGCAUUGUGUUUGAAUUCUCGUCCGUCGAUACUAUGCAGUCCUUUUGGGAGUACGACAACCAACAGGUGGUCAUUUUUCUUCCAAAGAAGACACCUCCGCAGCUGGAGAUUGUCCGUAUGCAGAAGAAACAGAGGAUCUGCUGAAAGAGUUAACGUUCCGUUUUGCCUGGUAAUCUGAUUUGUAGAAGAUGUUUUGAUCAAGAAACUGUAUA